AUGUCACAACUAUUCACAUCUUCAACAAUUCCGCUAAGUUUUGAGCCGCAUGACGGACAUAACGCAUAUAGUCAUCGGAAACCACCGCCGACAGGCACUGACUCGCUUGAUGAAGUAGAAGGGGCACCACUUUGGCAGUAUAUGCUUGCAGGUGGAUUAGGAGGAGUGGUUGGUGAUAGUGCUAUGCAUUCAUUAGACACGGUUAAGACUCGCCAACAAGGGUUUCCAUACAACAAGAAAUACAAGAAUAUGAUACCUGCUUACAGAACGAUACUAAAAGAAGAAGGGUUUUUUCGAGGACUAUAUGGUGGAUACACCCCUGCAGCAUUGGGGUCGUUUCCUUCUACAGCAGCAUUUUUUGGUACUUAUGAAUUUUCCAAACGCAAAUUGAUUGACGAUUUUGGUGUUAAUGAAACGCUAUCUUACUUCACGGCUGGUGUAUUGGGUGAUUUGGCAUCGAGUGUAUUUUAUGUUCCUUCAGAAGUGCUAAAGACUAGGUUGCAACUACAAGGUAAAUAUAAUAAUCCUUAUACACGCGAGUGUGGGUACAAUUACCGCGGGCUAUGGAAUGCUAUAAUUAGCAUAUAUCAUAAGGAGGGGUUACGAACAUUCUUUUUUGGGUAUAAGGAAACCCUAUUUAGAGAUUUACCAUUCAGUGCAUUACAAUUGACAUUUUAUGAAAGGUUUCGUCAAUUGGCUAUUUAUUAUAAUCAUGGAUCCACAGACUUACCCGUUCCAGUUGAAUUGUUCACUGGUGCUGCAGCGGGUGGGUUCGCGGGAGUGCUUACUACUCCAUUGGAUGUGAUAAAAACCCGAAUCCAAACAGCCACUAAUUUAUCAGAUCUAAACGAUUCGAUUACGCUAAGGAAUACAAAUAACCCAAUUGUGAAACUUUUCAACAAAAAUGCAACGUUAAGAGCAUUGGUGUCGAUCUACAGACACGAGGGUAUUUUCGGUGCAUUUAGUGGAGUGGGUCCACGAUUUAUAUGGACAGGUAUACAGAGUUCAAUAAUGCUAUUAUUGUAUCAAGUGUCAUUGAAACAAUUGGAUACGAUAUUUGGUGAUGAGAAGAAGCUAGAAGCUUGA